CAGGCUCCGUCCCCUUCAGGCUGUAAUUCCACCACGGAAGCCCUCGGAGCAGGACGGCGGAGGGGCCUCUCCGGGACCUCACGCACGCCCUGCCCUCUCUCACGGGAAGGGAAGGGAGGGGAGGGGAGACCCCCUCGGGCCAGGCCCAUCUGCCCGGACGCCCUCCCUCCCUCCUCCCUCCGCGCCGGAGUGGAGUUGGCACCGAGCGCGGCUCCCAGGGGGAAGGCGGGAGCCGGAGGGCCGGCGCGGCGCCCGAGGCAAGCCAUGGGCUCGGCGGAGCAGCGCGGCUCCACUUGACCGGCUCGGCGACCCCGCAGGAUGGCGACCCGGGCGCUGCGCGGCGUGUGCCUCCUGCUCUGCCUGGGCCAGGUGCUGCCGGCGGCGGAGGAGUCCAGCGCCGAGGCGGGCGACCUCUACGCCGAGAACAUCUCCCGCAUCUUGGACAAGCUUUUGGACGGAUACGACAACCGGCUCCGGCCCGGCUUCGGGGGCAGGGGCAUCCCAGGAGCCGUGACGGAAGUCAAGACGGAUAUCUACGUAACCAGCUUUGGCCCGGUGUCAGACGUGGAGAUGGAAUAUACAAUGGAUGUCUUCUUUCGCCAAACAUGGGUUGACGAGAGGCUGAAAUUUGGUGGUCCCACAGAAAUUCUGAGAUUGAACAAUUUAAUGGUCAGUAAAAUAUGGACGCCCGACACUUUCUUUAGAAAUGGGAAGAAAUCAAUCGCUCACAAUAUGACAACUCCUAAUAAACUGUUCAGGAUAAUGCAAAAUGGCACCAUUCUCUAUACAAUGAGACUUACGAUUAAUGCUGACUGCCCAAUGCGUCUGGUAAACUUUCCUAUGGAUGGGCACGCUUGUCCCUUGAAAUUUGGGAGCUAUGCCUAUCCUAAAAGCGAGAUUAUUUACACUUGGAAAAAAGGACCAUUGUAUUCAGUGGAAAUCCCACAAGAAUCUUCCAGUCUUCUCCAAUACGAUCUGAUAGGGCAAACAGUCUCUAGUGAAACAAUCAAGUCCAAUACUGGUGAAUACGUAAUAAUGACUGUUUAUUUCCACUUACAAAGGAAGAUGGGCUACUUCAUGAUACAGAUAUACACUCCCUGCAUCAUGACAGUCAUCCUUUCUCAGGUGUCUUUCUGGAUUAAUAAGGAGUCUGUUCCAGCUAGAACCGUUUUUGGGAUUACAACUGUCCUUACCAUGACUACACUGAGCAUCAGUGCCCGCCACUCUUUGCCCAAGGUGUCUUAUGCUACUGCCAUGGAUUGGUUCAUUGCUGUGUGCUUUGCCUUUGUCUUCUCUGCACUUAUCGAGUUUGCGGCUGUCAACUACUUUACCAAUCUUCAGACUCAGAGAGCAAUGCGGAAGGCAGCCAGGGCAGCCGCACUAGCAGCCGCCCUCUCAGCAGCUACUGUACCGGCGGAGGACGAGAUAGUCUCGCACUCUGAUUCGAAUUGCAAUCUGAAGAAACGAAUGAAUUCCAUGACAUCUCAAACAGAUCAGUCCCCUGAAACAAGUAUAUUGUCUAAUAGCGCAUCUCAAGGUCAACAAAUAUCUGCUCCUUCACCACCUUCACCACCUCCUCCACCACCAGAAAUUGGAGGCACAAGUAAAAUAGACCAGUACUCUAGGAUUCUUUUUCCUGUGGCAUUUGCAGGAUUCAACCUAGUAUACUGGGUGGUUUACCUUUCGAAAGACACUAUGGAAUUUUUUGAACCUACGGCAAUGCAUAUUCGAAAUGACCAUCAAGCCUACUGAUAAGUACCAACUCAGGUGUGACACAGAACUGAAAGAUUUACUGGACUAAGUGGCUAGGACAAAGGACAAUUGUGACAUUCUAGUCACUCUGAAUAUAAAAUACUCCAGAUUUUGAAGAUGUUACCUGAGGACAUGAAAGUUGACACAUGAAUGGCACAAUCCCUGAAAGAUAUGCACCUGUGGAAGGUGAUUGCUAGAGCACGUUCUUCUGUUGAUUCACUUCUUGUUCUGGCCAUGUUGCUAAAUAGCUCAGGGCUAAGGCUUCAGUUUAAAUGUUCAAUUUUUAAAAUGGCAAAAAUGUCCCCUAAAACGCGAUUUCCUAUGUCAAGUACGAAUUCAGAUUGCACAGUUUUGUGGCACAAAUAUUCUACACCAGCAUUACAUGGCUAGCAUAGAUGUAUUUUAAAACCGAUAUGCAACUUGAUCCUAUGAAUUCUUACUCAGAUGCAAAUUUAGUGAAUUCAUUGGGCUUAUUCCUCUGUAUGGGUCCAUAGCCUUGGUCCAAUUAACCUAGGUAAGACAAAAUCAGUUUUUACUAGAGUGAGUGUUAUGUUUAAAUAGUUCAGGGACCAAUGCACUUUGCGAUGAAGCCUUUAUCCAUUGAAACAGAAUAUUCAUAACCCUUUAACAUUUUAUCCACCUCAAGCUUACUUACAAUGAAGGUGGCAAAAGAGUGGCCUUGCCCUGCCUUUAUUUAAUGUGAAACUGGGAAUCUCCUUCUUACUGGUGGAUUAACAAUGCGGUCUUGUGCAUGCCUACUCAGAAGUAAGUUCUGCUGUUCUUGGCAGGGCUCUUACUCCAUGGUAAGUAUGUAUAGAAUUGCAUCCUGAACAGAGAAACUGUUUAAGGCACUAUGCAUGGAUCGUGGCCAUGUGCAUGGAGCUCCUGUAACUGUGGAUACUGUAAUGCUUAUUCUAAUGUAAAAGUGACACUAAUGAAAAUAUAUUUCUAAAGGAGGAUUCACUUUGCCUACACCAUGAACAUCUGGGGUCACCUCCAAAUCCUUUUUAAUGGGUUUUGUUAUUAUCACUAAAACAAUGUUUUUGAAUAGUGCAUCACAAGUUAUUUGGUGUUGAGCACAGGGAUUUUUUCCUCAAUGUUUCAUGGCCUAGGACCAUAUUUCUGCUCAUUGGCUGCAAUUAAUUUUUUCCUUUGGAAAUGUGUCGGGGACUUUCAAUCAAUUUCUCAGAAACCAUGAGUAGCACUGUUUUAGAGGAAGAUUACUCCCCUAAAAGUAAUACUUCUCUAGGGGAAAGAGGAAACUCCACAACAAAUAUUUGGGUAGAUUUUUUUGUUUUAAAUAAUUGUAAUUUUAAUUUAUUUUUAUAUUACUGUAGUUAGAGUAUCUGCAGUAUCUGUGGGAAAGUUCACAAAAGCAGAGGUGGCUUGUCAAAUAUCCUGACCCCCAAUUCUUCAGGUCUUUGAAAACCAACCCUUUGAAUUGGACAGAGAAAUAAAUAAGAAGCCAUUGUGUUUAAGGCAAGGAAAGAGUAAUAUAAUCAAAAAAGUGUAGGGCAGAGAGCAAUCUAGCCACUGCAUAUUGUGUUUACAAACACUCUUCAGUUCCAUACUACAAAAAAUGACACAAUGGUAGACUUAAAUAGGAUGGUGGCUAGUUCUGCUUUCUUCAUGAAAUGGGUAGAGCUAGUGUACAGGCCAGAGCAGGGCAAAAGUCCUGUGCUGAAAGCAGCCAUCUGCUCUUCAACAUGUUGAAUUAAUGUAUCUCAACUGCCAUUUCUUUUUAACAAACCAAUUUGUAAUCCACGAUAUGAAGUUGGUUCAUUUAAAAUAAACUAUAGUUAUGAUUAUGGUGAUAAAGCAGAGCAUACGUAAGUGUAAACUUCCAGUUCUUUCCACAUGUUUGCACCGGAGGAGUCAUUGGGGAGGACAUACCAAGCCUGUCAGAAGGAGAGGCUAGGCUCAUUCUUGUAAUGCUAAAUCAUUUUAGCAUAGCAUCUGAAACACUUUUUUAAAAUGAAAAAAUACUGGGCAUUGCAAUCUAGCAUAUGCAAAUUGCAUGAGAGAAGUUAAAAGAUUAACUGUUGGCACUCUUUGCUGGGUUGCUCUUUCAUUUCUCAUGUAUCUUUAUAGAACAGGUAUGAGAUACUGUCUGCCAAUCCAGCAGCUUUUUCAUUUCAGCUCUUCUGGAGGCAUCUAGCUCUCUUGUACCCUUUUAUGGCGCAUACUUUUUUACUGUAAUUCUUUUUAAUGAUCUUAGAAUAUCUGGGCAUGAAUGUAAUGAGACUGCACUUUGUUCCUCAACCCAUUUUCAUUCCAGUGAAUGUGAGGUUGGAAGUCAGUAAUGUAAAAGAACAGGCAAAGGACCGUGUAUUCCACUCAAAACACUGUGUAGCUUUAGGUUCCUUAUUACAUUGCAGUAAGAACCUGUAAUGAUAUUCACAGCCUUUGUUCACAGCACAGCUGCAAAGGGUUUGAGGGUCUCUCUUAUGCAUUUGGGUUUCUGAAAAAUGAGGUAUUUCAUGCAUCACCCUGUGAGGAGGUAUGCAUGUUGCACUAUUGUACCUUGUAGGGGAAGCUGGGGGUGGGGUGGGGAGGGGAGGCUGGAAUAACCUCUUAUAUUUUUAUGUUAUUCCUUUAGAAAUCAUUCACUUCAAACAAGGAGUCAGAUGAAUGUUUGGCUCCUUGUGCAAUUACAUUUUGUCUUUAAAUAUAAAUGUAUAUUUUAUAUGUACACUUGUAAAUAUGUAAACUUAGUUUUAACAUCACUUGAUAUAGCAAUAAUAUACAGCUAUGAAAGUACUGAAUUUGGAAAGAAGCCCCUGAUGUAUGAGGUUGAAUGUAUUUAAACUAUUUAUUUCUGUAUUAUUUUGUUAAACUAAUAACAAUGUAGAGGAAGAACAUAAAAUGCAACAGUACUAUAAGGUUGAAUAGAAAUAUGUUAAAUCUGGUUUUGAAUGUACUCUUAAAAUAUAAAGUUAGAUCUCUCCACCUUUUAUGGACAAGCCUGUAUUCCAGCAUUAUAGUGGGUCUGCUUCACCAUGUAACAGUGAUGGUCUACAUCUAAGAUACAUUUUACACAUAGCAUUAUUUAAUGGCUCAUGCACCGUUGACUUUGAGAUGACUGGAAGUUUUACUGAUGACUCAGUUUCUGCAUGGAUGCCUUGGAUCUUCUCAUAUAAGUAAUAGAAAUAAUUUUAAUGAGAUAUUUGUUUUUUACAGUAGUAAAGCAAUACUUAUUUUAUUGAAUGCUAUGUAGAAAUAUAUCAUGGCCAUGCAACUACUUUGUAAUAAUCUCGCUGCCUAUAUAAUAAUAAAUCUGCUGACUUUUAUGUGAAACAUAACAUCACUGAUGAAUAUUCAACUUGGAGAUAUAAGCAAAGCAGUGAAUUAAAAACAGCUGUUCUAGGAAGGUU